GUGAAGGGAAGGGCAAUGCCAAUGCGUGGUGAUUGAGAGUAGUGAAAUUAAAUUAGGUAAGUAGAGGGAAAUUAAUUGUUGAAUGGAUAAGUUAGUGAGAUUCGAUGGAAUUAGGGGAUUGCCUCCGGGAUUUCGUUUUGAGCCGACGGAACAAGAGCUGGUGUUCGAGUAUCUAAAAUGCAAGCUGCUGUCCUCCUCGUCUAGUUUGAACUUGUGUGCUUCCAUAAUUCCAGAGAUAUUGGAUGUGUGCAACUUCGAUCCUUGGGAUAUUCCAGUUCCAGUACGUGUAGGUGGCGAUGGGAAUGAGGAAGAGAUGAGAUACUUGUUCAGCAAGAACCGAAAUGGAAAUGGAAAUGGGAAGCGGAGCACUCCUAGCGGGUACUGGAAGCCCACGGGUCGGGAUACCAAAAUAGUAGCUUCUUCUUCGCCGUCCAAUUCCAAUUGGAGUAGUAAUAAGAAUAAUAAUAGUUACAGCAGCAGCAGCAGCAGCAGCACUAGUGUGGGGAUUAAGAAGACUCUAGUUUUCUUCAGCACCAGCAAAGCUAAAGGUAAAACAAAGAGGAUGAGGAGGACCCGAAGCCGGUGGGUAAUGCAUGAAUAUAGCCUCUUCCUCCCUACUCAAACUCAAAUGGAUCAUACGGAGAAUAAUUGGGUUGUGUGCCGCAUUUUCUGCAGCAACAACAACAACACCACCACCACCAAUUAUGAGUCGGAUUUUAUGAUGAUGGACCCAAAUCACAUGGAUAUGGAAGAGAUUGAUGAUAUGCAUUAUGGGCGGCGCCGUCCCUGCACUUCUACUACUGUUUCCUCCUCCUCCUCCUCCUCCUCAUCCUCUUCUUACAAUCCCCAUCAAUAAUUCAUCUAUUCCACCCCAACGCCAUUUCCAUUGAUCUCACUCCCACUCAAAUGGCAUCAAUAUCAUUUCUCUAAUUACUUUUCUUUUCUUUUUCUAAUUAUUCAUGUCUCGCUUUUACUUUUUCCCAUCAUCAACUCAUGGUUCGCCCUCAAUUUUCUUAUCAAACUUUCCUCUUCCUCUAAUCUCUAAUCUUCAACUUUCAACAAUAUUACAUGCAAAUCAAUAUACUCAUCUUUUUACCUUCUCACAUAAACAAAUAAUCCAACAUAAUAUUUGUUUCUGCCACCAUUUAAUCUCUAA